AUGGUUUCAAAAACCACGCGAGCUGCUACUGCAGCAGCAAGAAGAGCGGCUGCACGCAUGCGUGCGGCCACGGAAAGUGCCUCUCACGCCUCAGCAGCAGGCAAUUCGUUGCCUGUUGUCGUGAAUCCUCCACGUGGUAUGUCACCACGUGCGACAGGUACAUCCGUUGCGUCUGUAGCGGGUGCCUCGGGUUGUAAUCAAGACGAGUCUGAAAUAGACCUCAUCUAUUCUGGCGAGUCGGAUGAUGUAUUCGACCCGAAGGCGACACCUCACGCCUCCGGCAAACCCGGGGCGGACACUGCGAGAGCCAGGUUGACUGGCUCUGGUCAACGCGGCGGUAUUAUGACCGAGAUCUUCGGAUCGAGCGAUUAUUCCGACGAAUCUCCGCCUCACGCAAGUCCAUCCAACGAUAGGACGCAUGGGGAUAGUGGUGAUGCACCUGUCCAUCACUUCGAGCGAAGUAACUCGAGGGAUCGAGGUGUCACUGGUGCCAGUGCUCGUGCUGGCACCAAUCAAGAGGCUAGGGACUGA